UAUCCGGGGUACGGGAAGCCUGCUCUCUGUUUGGAGCAGGCUCUGGAAGUGGACCCGGAAACGGAAUCCGAAGAAGAGGAAGAGACCCAGAGUUUUGGUCCCGUCAGCUGCCGACGCCGGUGAGGGCGGCGGGCGGCGGGCGGCGGGCGGCGGGUGGCAGCGAUAGUGGUAGCGGCAGCGGCAGCGGCAGCGGCAGUGGCAGUAUCGGCAGCUGUACCAGCGGCAGUACCGAGACGGCUGCCUGCGGAACUUCUGUCCCAGGAGGGGUAGGGACUUGGGGCGGGGUGCGGCCUGCCGGGCUGCCUCUGUCAGUCGGACCCUUGUGAGACGUGUGGGUCGGUUCGUCUGCGCAGCCCCGGGCUCUGCGCUUCGCCUCGAACGUCCGGGCUGCGAAGGAGGCUAGUGGCGGCUCCUCGGGGCCCGCCCCGGCGCCAUGAAACUCUACAGCCUUAGCGUCCUCUAUAAAGGAGAGACCAAAGCCGCCCUGCUGAAGGCCGCCUACGAUGUGUCCUCCUUCAGCUUCUUCCAGAGAUCCAGUGUUCAGGAAUUCAUGACCUUUACAAGUCAACUGAUAGUGGAACGCUCAGAGAAAGGCAGCAGAGCCUCUGUCAAAGAACAAGAGUACUUGUGUCAUGUGUAUGUGCGGAAUGACAGUCUCUCAGGUGUGGUCAUUGCAGACAAUGAAUAUCCCUCCCGGGUGGCUUUCACCUUGCUGGAAAAGGUACUGGAUGAAUUCUCCAAGCAAGUCGACAGGAUAGACUGGCCAGUAGGAUCUCCUAGUACUAUAAAUUAUACAGCCUUGGAUAGUUAUCUUAGUAGAUAUCAGAAUCCCCGAGAAGCUGACCCUAUGAUGAAAGUGCAAGCUGAGUUAGAUGAGACCAAAAUCAUUCUGCACAACACCAUGGGGUCUUUGUUAGAACGAGGAGAAAAGCUAGAUGACUUGGUGUCCAAAUCAGAAGUGCUAGGAACACAGUCCAAAGCCUUCUAUAAAACUGCCCGGAAACAAAACUCAUGCUGUGAGAUCAUGUGACCCCCAGCCACUGAUGACCCUGCUCUGGAAAUUUUGCCUGUCAUUCAUGUUGAGAACUGUAAAGCUCCCAGGAAAGAAGAAACCAAUUCAAAUCGUGUCCUGAAAUGGAAACACUCCAUUUCAGAUUUCAACCCCCCAGCUAAGCAGAGGGUGAGGUGGGAGGGGCAUUGGGGAGAUGUUUGUAUGCCCAAGUGUAAUUUUUCUCCAAAAGGAAAGAUAAUGAGUCUCAAGAAGAUCAUAUUUGGGGGCAGAAUGAAACAGAAAUUUUCAAUGACUCCUGUAGGUGCUGAAGGGCUCAUUUCUCUGAUAAACUUCCUGGGAGGAAUUUGAUGGGCCCCCUGACUUCUGCAGAACACCACAGGAAUGUCAGGACCAAAUCUCUUCUUGAUUCUGGGGUUUUUGUUUGUUUGUUUGUUUGUUUUAAUUUUAUUUUUUACAUUCAUUAUAAUAACACUAGAAGGAAGCGACUCCAGUGUACAGGUGGAUACUAGAUAGUCAAAAACCGAUGGGAGUGUUGGCACCUUGCAGGCCUUGGGAGAGGACCUCCUUAGCAGCUGAUAAAAGUGAGCUCUGGUGACCCAGCUACCUGUCAAGGGGUGAGGAGGGAGAAAAGAGAAGGACCAAGGCGAGGGGCAGUCCCUUUUCCUUCUCUUCCUCAGAUCAAUCAUGAAGGUCCUUUUGUUUUUGAGUAGACCCCUUAGAAUCUUUGUUCUCAGGGAAAGUGGGACCCCUCUCAAAAGAGAAAAAACUGAAGCCUUGAGACAAGUCAGUGGAAGAGUUUUCUAGUGAGAAACAAGGAACUUACCUCAAGACAACCUAAAAUUCCAUCAGACUCUCAAACUUUUUUUUCCCCUAACUUGUACACAUGUUCCCAUUCCUUCCAGUGCUGCCAUGUAGUUUGGCCCAUGACCUGUUCUGACAAACUGUCCGUAAAGUUCUCAUAAACCUAUUUGAGGGGGGAAGUCUGUGAGAGCAGCUCAGAUACACUUAAUGGUGUACAUAGGCAGUGAUUAACCCAGCCAGCAUGUAGAAAUGAUGCAGAGGAAGAAAAGGGCACUUUAUUAAGCUGGUUAAUUUAAGGAUAAUCAGCUGCAAGUAUCCUUUGGGGGCAGGGGAUCCAACUAGCAAUGCAGUUGAGCAGUCCUUCCGCCUUGCAGUGACUUGACAUGUCUUGAAUAUUACAAUUCUGGUCCAGAAUAGCAUGUCCUUUAGCCACUCUUGGAAAUGCUUUUUCUUUUACUGAAAGUUGACCUUAGUUCUCUUGUCCUUCUGGCUAUGUGACUGCCUUAGGGAUUUCCCCAUUUUGGGGAAUCCUAAUGAAUAGGAGAAUGUCUUUGAGCCUCCCAUGCUGCCAUCUGCUGAUUUAUAACAAGAAAAGUGUGCCAACUAUGCCAUGGAAUAUCUAUGUCAUGCCCCUGUCCUGGGGCUGGCAGAGGCAGAGUGCUUGAUCCUCUGUAAGUGCUAAGGAUGUUAUCUGGCCUCCUUUUUGCUUAAAAGCACCUUUUUGAAUGAAUGUAGGCCAAGCUCUGUGGUCCCUUCAGUGCCUAGCCCCCCAAGUGUAACUGACUCACUCAGCUAGCAUUAACAGGAUCUUUGCAUUUGAUCCCUUGUUGACCUCAGCCACACUUGCUUCUGGUUAUUGCUCUUUGAGGGCUUCAACUAGCCUCUUCUUCCCUCUUAAGGUACUGACACAAAAGUAGUCAAGCAACCAGGCAGGAGUUCUCAGUUGAUUGGAUUUGGCUAUUGUCUAGGGCUGUCAGGCAUUCUUGGCCCCUAAACAGAUGUUCGUUGCCAUAGUCUAAAUAGAAUAUAUAUGAGCCGCUUUUUUUUUUGUUACCAUCAUACAGUAUUUUCUGAAGACAGAGUAAUGUGUGUGCCAGAACUGGGCAGCAAAGGGAGAUUCUAAAUUUAUUAAUGAGUUAAUUAAAUAAUUCAGACAACACUGAAACCUUGGGUCAGCAUGAUUGUACAUCAUCUUUUAUUUGCAUAUAGUUAGGGAUUCUUUCAAGAAAUUGCUUCCCUAGGCUUAGCUUGGUGAAAACAGUGGCCAUAGAGGGAGGGCCUAUGCUAACUAGAAGAUAUUUGGGCCACAUAGUGUGUACCGAGUCAAGUGUUCACUAACCCUAGGAACUCUUCAAGAUUAAUAUCUUAAAUUUCAACUGACAUUAAAUUCACUGGGGAAUUGAGGAUAUUAGGGGGACAAAUGCAACUAUAAAAGGGUUUUUUAGUGGAUUCCAUUUCCAUUAGUUUCAUUUGCCUAUUGGCUCUUAUUUCUCUGGGAAUUAUGCUGGUCAAUAGGUAAAAGAACCUACUGUAAAAUAGGCCUAGAAACAAUACCUUUCUCUCUGCCUUGAGAUAUGACCACACCAGUACUGAUGAAUGGGGCCACCUACAACCUCGAGUUCAUCAGACUUUUCAAGGAGUGCCCUUGGUGGCUGCCCAUCCCAACCCUGCUAACUCCCAUCACCUCAUGGCAAAAAAAUGGACUCUACUCAUCUUCAUCACUUGACUAAUUAAAAGCAAAAAAACUUUUCAGCUCCAACUCAAAGUAGCAUGAAAUGUGAAGGGUAAUUGCCAUUUUCAGUUUUUUUCUUUUCCCCCUUUGGUUAAGGUUACAGGAGUAAAAAAUUGCCCUGGAAUGCAAUAGAAGACAUUUCAGGAUCUUUAAGAAAUUCGGCCUAAAGCUUAUGGUACCAUGGUAUGAAUAGAGAGAACACGUAGACUUUGGGGAACUAAGAGAAAGCAAAAUCUUUCACCCCCAACUUGGCCCUAGAAUCUCCUGUAAACAUAACUGUGGCAGCAUCUUUCCACGGAGAAGCAUGGCCCUGGCAGGAUGCCUUUUGGAGGGGAGGGUGGGAGGAGACUUCAGCUGUGGUGGUGUGUUAUUUGGUCCUUUCUGUGUAUUACUGUAGCUUCUUGUUUCUUUUAACUUAAUGCUUUGGCUAAACAUUUAUCAUUUGGCAAAUUUUAAUAAUCGCUAUCGAACUUCUGUAUGUUCUAUUUGAGAGAUUCCUGUCUGGAUAAAAGUUGUCUUUUGAAAUUUGAACAUGAUCCUGUGGCUUUCUUUGGAAUUAAAGGUUAAAAGGUGCCUCACUGUA